AUGUUUCAUUUGAUGCUUCAUUGCGUGCAAAUCAAUUACUUGAACAGCCGUUCCGUUAAACCCAACCAUUCCAUGGCUCUGAGUGCCUGCUCAUCGCGCCUCUUACUCCGCUCUUCCUCCUCCGCCUUUCCAAUCUCUGCUGUGUCUCGGUCACGUUCGUCCCUGCUCCUAACAGGGUCCCAUCGAACUCUCACGUCGCCUGUUUCUGAAUCCCCUUCAAGCUCGCUUGUUUCUCGGAGUUUGUCCAGCGUCGGAAUCUGCCGGGGGGAUUUGAGUUCCACAAGUGUGCACCACGUUGAACAUUCUUGCAUUCCGCUUCGAAGAGCGCCGGCCUCAGCCUCUGCGACAAACCCUCGUCGAUUCACCACCCGCAGCAUUGUAGCAAUGGCAGGAAGCAACGAGGAAGCUGCCGCUAAGGCAGCGUCGGCGGUCGCGGAUUCAGGCAACCCAACCAUAUUUGAUAAGAUUGUGCGCAAGGAAAUUCCUGCUAAUAUCGUGUAUGAGGACGACGAGGUGAUGGCCUUCCGAGACAUCAGUCCGCAGGCGCCAGUGCACAUUAUUCUCAUUCCCAAGAACAGGGACGGCCUCACACAACUCUGCAAGGCAGAGGAGAGGCAUGCAGCAAUCCUGGGUAAGCUGCUGUUGGCAGCGCGGAAGGUAGCAAUCAACGAGGGCCUGGUGCCAAACGGUUAUCGCAUUGUCAUCAAUGACGGGCCCGAUGGAUGCCAGUCCGUGUACCAUCUCCAUAUCCAUAUCCUCGUGACAGCACAGAACAAACGAGCCAAGGAUGUGGAGAAAGCGGCCAAGAGGUGGACGAGGCAGUAUGAGAAAGAGCCUAUGACUGCCCUGUCGGCCCUGCUAAUCUUCCACUUCCAGGCUUGCGGGUGGAGAGGAUCUGAGGACAUCUCAAGCCAUGUUGGCGAUGGUGACGUGGACACUGUCGUGCGUUUCCUUGUGGAUCAGGCCAAGGAGAUGUUUUCUGGCGAUAUGCAGGGCGAGGUGGAGGACACGCUGGGCUCUGCCUGGCCGCAUGCCAAGAGCGUCCAAAUCGCCAGCACCAUGGGUGAAGCACGAGCAACCACGCAGAGGCAGAUCAACGCAGAAGCUAUGCGGAGCGGCAGCAAGGAAGAGAGCCCGCGUAUGGCUCUGCUCAGGAGCACAUUGGAGAAUCUGCAUACCAAGAUUGUGGGGGUGGAGGAGAUGAUGACCCAGCUCUUUUCAGGGUUCUUUACUCACCGCUUCCGGGAUGUGAUGCCUGAGAUCCGCGGUGCCUGCGUGGCAUCCCUGGGCUCCUGGAUAUCCGGCUACCCCAGCGUCUUCUUAGAAGAUCGCUACCUUAAGUACCUGGGCUGGGCUCUCAGUGACCAGGAGUCGGUUGUGAGGCAGAGCAGUCUGCAGGCGCUCAAGGCUUUGUACGAGGACGAGGACUGCAUUGGCGCGCUCAGCCUCUUUUCCGAGCGCUUCUCCCCGCGCAUCAUCCAGAUGGCGGAUGACGUGGACGCCAGCGUGGCAGUGACCUCCAUUCAGGUUGCAGGGCUCCUGCUGAGGCAUCAGCUGAUACCCUUGGACGAGGUGCGGCCGGUGCUGGAACUAAUCACAGACGAUCUGAGGGCAGUGCGCCUGGUGGUAGCGGAUCUCACAGCGGACUACUAUCUUCCUGCCAAAGUGGCGGAAGCCGCUCAAACCUCCAAGGCGGAUCUCAUAGCGGACUACUACCUCCCUGCUAAAGUGGCGGAAGCUGCUCAAACCUCCAAGGAUGAUGCAGGGGCGAAGGGAAAGCAAGACGGGCAGCUGCAGCCGCUGCUGGAUCUGGUGGGGGAGCUCACCAGCAGUGACGCACACAUGGAGAUGCUCGUGGACGCCCUGUGGGACAAGUGCAGAGUGCUGCAGGACUGGAAGCUCAUGGCCAAGUCUCUCCUCGCCGACCAGGCAGGGGCACACGGGAAGGGCAAGAGGAGGGAGGUGAACGGAGAGUCACUCUCCCUCUGCCGCCUGCUCCUUGCGUGUGCUGAGCGCGGCACUGCUGCUGGGAUCCAACCUAACCGUGGAGAUGCUUUUGGCCCCGGGAGGUUUCCUGGGAAUGUGAAAGCCGCGUUUGGGUCGCCCAGUUCAGCCCACAAGACUCCUUCGAAGAAGCAGCAGGAGGGAGCAGCAGUGGUGCAGGGCGAGAUGACAGGUGCACUCAUGAAGCACCUUCCCGGCAUCAUCACUCGUUUCCUGUCCGACGCGGACCAUCUGCACAUCGUGCUCUCCAUCGCACCCCUUCUGCAAUUCGACCUCUUCGCCACGCGCCACCAGGAAGCUAGCUUCACGAGCCUUAUGGCAGCUCUACACGACGCCUUCCUGCGCCACACAGCCACGCCCAUUCUCGACGCGGCCAUUGCUGCGGCCGCAGCAGCAGUGGAAACGGCACCUGCAGAGCUCAAGGAGGAGGCUCAGCGUUUGAUGGAGGACCUGGCGACUGUGGUGCUGCAGCAGCUGGAUGAAGCUGUGAAGACUUUUGAAGAGGACGACGACAGCAGUGUGGGCGUGGAUGGUGACUUUGACCGCUUGCUGGCCUCGCUGUCCCGUCUGCAAGCGCUGCAGCUGGCAGGGCAGCGCAUGCCAGCAAGCAUCACAGACACCCUGCAGAAGAUUAUCUCCAACCCUCUUAUGGUGUCCUCGGAUGAGGUACAAGCAGAGGCGCUCACGUGCUGCUUUCUCGACGUGGUUGCAAGCUACGGGGACAUCACGGCUGAAGGCGUGAGCGAGAAAGGCACAGCUGAUACCACAGCAGACAUCACUCGAGUGGAUGUGCGCCUGCGCUUCCUGCUCCUGCACCUGGAAACAUCCAUCAAGAGCAUCUCCUCAUCGUCCUCGCACCAGCUGCCCACGGCAGCUCGCACCUUCAAUAACAGGCGUGCUUCUGGGCCGAGUGGGACCAAGGGGGCAUCGAACACAGGCACCAAAUCCAUGCUGGUGCACCUGUGCUCAGACGUGUGGUCUGUAUUCUCCCCAUCCAAGCUUGACGGCACGCCCAUGCAAGCCCUUGGGUUGACCCAAAAAAUCACUUCUCCUCUUUGCUGUCUGUUCUUUGUUCCCCUUCCACGCCUGCAGCUGGUGCACCUGUGCUCAGACGUGUGGUCCGUAUUCUCCCCAUCCAAGCUGAACGGCACGCCCAUGCAAGCCCUGGCGUCUGCGCCUUCUGCUUCCACUGUGGAGGCCUUCUGGCACGCAUGCCUUGGCAUUAUUCACACCUGCUCGAACGGCCAUGGGGAGCAGCUUUCAAAUGGGGACGUGGCAGUGAUUGCAGCAGCUAAGCUCAUAGCAGGAGGCCUUCUACCACCGUCGUAUCUCGCCCCGCAGCUGCUGGCUCUGCUGGUGGGGCAUGGGUGGGCGGCAGCAGCAGUGGUGAAGCACAUGGCGGAGCGCAUGAGGAACAACAGCAGCGGCAGCAGUGUGACGGACGAACAGAUGUGGAAGCUGUGCUAUGACGCAACACGCCUGGCAUACGAGCGGCACCUGAGGGAGAUCGGAGACGAUGAGGACGACGAGGCAGACAUGGAGUCCUACCUCAUCUGCAAGGACCUCACUCCGCAGCUGCUGCAGCUCUGCGGUGGUCCAGCAGCAGUGCGCGGGGCAGCAGGCAGUGGCAGCAGGCUGAGCGAUGCGGUGCAGGCGGUGCUAUCUGCGGUGGUGAGGGAUGGAGCUGGGUUCGUGCUGGAGGACCCGAGGAGGAGGAUGCUGUUUGUGGAUGUUGCUGUGCUCGGGUUUGCGAGGAACCUCAAGCCAGCUGCUGCUGCUCCCAUCCUUGCGGAGCUUAAAACGCGUACAGCUGAUCUAGACAUGGAGGACGAGCCUCAGCUCUGGCGCCCUCUGCUCACCCUGCUAGACUGCCUGGAGGGCAAGGCUGGUAACCACACUGGUAACCACACGGGGGCCGGUGGGCAGGCCAAUGGAGCCGCAAGGAACGGGCAGGGAGGAGGAGAGGAUGGGGAGGGCGCAGGGGAGGAGGAGGAUGACGUCAUGCCGACUAUGACACCGCCCAGAGUGAAUCAGCGCGUGGCCAAGUGUCACAAGAAGAAGCCCGCGCACAAGACCAUGCGGCGCCGGCCCCAGGGAGCAGAAGCUGAGGCAGGGACGUCUGACGAAGAUGAUGCAGGGAACACGUCGGGAGGAGGAAGAACAACGCGCAGAGAGGAAGGGAGGGAUUAUGGCAGCAGGGAGCCGCGCGGAGGCAGAAUCGGUGCAAGGUACAAGGAUGCUGGUGGCAACCCUUCACAUGCCCCUGAACCAGCUGCGCCUACUGCUGCUGUGUCGGAUGCUGCUGCUGAUGGUGAUGCUGAGGAUGGUAAAGGUGGUGACAAUACACGUGGACUGGAUUCUGCUGGGGCAGCGGCGGCAACAGCAGCAAGUGGCAGGGGGCUAGCGUCAGCGGUGACGUAUUCACGGAAGAGGAAACUGGCAGCGAGCAGACAGAGGGAGGAUGAGGAAGACAAGAGGAGUGAGGGAGAGAAGGUGGAGGCGGGGGAGAAGAGGGAUGAGAGAGAGGAUGAGAGAGAGAAGGGGGAUGAGGGAGAGAAGGUCGGUGAUGGAGAGAAGGGGUUAGGAGGGGACAAGGAGGCCGAGGUAGACAAAGCGGAUGGAGCAGAGAAGGAGGAUGACGGAGGGGCGUGGGACAUUUUCAAAGAUGAUGAUGAGGAUGAAGAGGAGAGGCGGAGCGCAGAAGAGCCUGUGGUUGGGACGCAAGGAAGGAAGGAGGCUGCUGGGGAGGCUAUUGCUGAGAGUGCUCCUUUUGAUGCUAUGGAUACCGCUGAAUCUGAUGAGGAAGAGAUUAAGGUGUCAGGGUCGGGCAAGGGUGCUGCGAGUGCAGAUGAGACUGGUGGGAGCAGCGAGGGGAGUAGAGGAAGUGGGAGCGAUGGGGAUGAGUGGGAAGAGGUUGAUAUGCGUGAGAUGGAGACGAGGAGGCAUAGUGAUGCUGCUAAGAAGGCGGAACUAGAGCUGCAGGAGAAGAGAGAGGCUGAGAGGGAGAAGGAAAGGCAGAAGGAGAGGGAGAAGGAGAGGAAACGGAAGGAGGAGAGGGAAAGGGAGAUGGAGAUGGAAAGGCAAGUAAGGGAGGAGAGAGAGAGGGUACGGAAGGAGGAGAGGGAGAAGGUUCGGAAGGAGAAAGAGAGGUUGAGGGAGCAAGAACAAAAGGAGGAGAGGGAGAGGGAACAGAAGGAAAUGGAGGAGAGGGCAAGGGAACGGAAGGAGAAGGAGGAGAGGGAGAGGGAGAGGCAACGGAAGGAAAGGGAGGAGAGGGAGAGGGAACGGAAGGAGAAGGAGAAGGAGAGGGAAAGGGAACGGAUGGAGAGGGAGAAGGAGAAGGAAAGGGAGAGGGAGCGGAAGGUGAAAGAAAGGGAGAGAGAACUGCAGCAGAGGAAGAUGGAGAGGGAGAGGAAACAAACGGAGGAAAGGAAGCGGGAGAGGGAGAGAGAACAGCUGGAGGAGAGGACGAGGAAGAGAGAACAAGCCGCGGCAAGGGAGAGGGAGAUUGAGCAGGAGCAGCAGAAGCAGCAGCAAGGGGAUGCAGAGGCUGGUCAGCAGCAGAAGCAGGCUGUGACGACAUACACACGUGCGAGGAGGCAGGGGGGUGCUGGCGUGGAUACAAAGGCUUCUGACGUGGACAAGAGUGGUGCAGGGAGGGAGAAUGUGAGGGAAUCUGGAGUGAGGGAUGCGAGAGAGGAGCAGAAGGAGGAGGUGGUUACGACUGUGGCGAAUACCAUGCUGCUGGAUCUGAGUGAUGAGGAGUGCUCUCUGUCGCCUUUGGAGCUGGGUGGAAGGGAGAGUCAGGAGAGGGGUGAGGUUGCUGUGUCUGCUGCGCGCUGGGGUAAGGAUGUGAGGGGAGAGGUGGUUCAGGAACAAGGUGCUGGUGAUAGGAGCGCUAGUGUGAGACCUGCUGCUGCUGCUGCUGCUGCUGGUGCUGCUGGUGCUGCUGGUGGUGGUGCUGCUGCUGCUGCUGCUGCUGGUGCUGGCAUAAGGGGGAAGGUGAUGGAGAAGGAAUCGGCAAGUGAGGAGGAAGAGGAGGGGGAUGAGGAAGAUGAGGAAGAGGAGGAGGAGGAGGAGGAGGAGGAGGAGGAGGAGGAGGAGGGAGGAGGAGGAGGAGGAGGAGGAGGAGGAGGAGGAGGAGGAGAGGAGGAGGAGGAGGAGGAGGAGGAGGAGGAGGAGGAGGAAGCGGAAGGUGAAGAGGAGGAAUCGACAGAAGGUGACAGCACUGAGGGUGAGGAGGAGGAGGAAGAAGAAGAGGAGAAUGUGCAAGAGGUUGCUGUGAAGGUUCCAGAAGCAAGAGCUGCAGGGAGGGUGGUUGCAGAAGGUAGAACCAAGGCACAGGGCGAAGUGGGGAGCAAGGCACAGAACGUACAAGCUGCUGCUGCUGCUGCUGCUGCUGCUGCUGCUGCUCAGGUGCAGCGACAGAGAGGAGGGGAAGACCCUGCUGCUGGUAAAGGCGCAUCUGGUAAUGUGUUAGAGAGAGCUGUUGCAGCUCGGCACGAGAGGAGCAUGGUGAUGGAAGUUGAGGAUGUGGAGGAGGAUGAGGAGGAGGAAGAGGAGAGGAGGAAAGAAGAAGAGGAGGAGGAGGAAGAGGAAGAGGAGGAAGAGGAGGAGGAGGAGGAGGAGGAGGAGGAGGAGAGCGAUGAAGGGAUGGAGCAGGAGGGGAGGAGGGCGCAGGGAGGAGAUGUGCAGAGCAGGAGCAGGCAGGUAGAGCAGGGCAUGCGGCCCCCUAGGGGAGCGGGUGCAAAGGGGCAGAUGGAGAUAAGUAUAGAGGACGGGAGUGGAGAGGAGGAAGACGAGGAGGAGGAUGGGGACGAGGAGGAGGAGGACGAGGGAGAUGAGGAGGGGAGUGAGGAGGAAGAGGAUGAAGAAGGAGAUGAGGAGGAGGGGAGUGAGGGGGAGUGGGAGGAGACGAGUGUGGAUGGUUCUGGAUCUCUUCGGGCAUCUGCAGGGAGUCAGGCCAAGGUCAGUGCUGUGGCAAAGGCAGGCAGGCAGGGAGAGGUUCCUGUGCAACGAAGAGAGGCUACUGCUGCUGAUAUGGCUGCUCGCAUGCGCCAGCAGCAGCAGCAGCAGCAGCAGCAAAAGUUGCGGUUGAGUCAGCAGCAGGAGGAAAUGCGGCUGAGUCAGCAGGAGGUGCGACUGAGUCAGCAGCAGGCGAUGAGGCUGAGUCAGCAGGAGAAUGUGCGGCUGAGUCAGCAGGAGAUGCGAUUGAGUCAACAGCAGGGAAUGCGGCUGAGUCAACAGGAGGAGAUGGGGCUGGGUCAGCAGGAAAGACGAAUGAAGAAGCAGCAUGACAUCCGGCUGAGUCAGCAGGAAGUGAGGCUGAGUCAGCAACAGCAAGAGAUGCGGCUGAGUCAGCAGCAGAACGAGAUGUGGUUGAGUCAGCAGGAACUGCGACUAAGUCAGCAGCAGCAGGAGGUUCAGCUGAGUCAGCAGGAGCUGCGACUGAGUCAGCAGCAGCAGCGCGAGCAGCAGAUGCGCGAAAGGAUAAGGCAACGGCAGCUGCAGCUGCAGCAACAGCAACAACAGCAACAGCAGCAGCAGCAGCAGCAGCUUCAAGCGCGGAUGAGGCAGCAGCGUGAGGUGGAGCUUCGUCAGAAGCAGGCUCAGGACCAGAAGCAGAGAGGCGAGGGAACUAAGAACAUGCAAGAUGUUGUAGAACUGUCAGAUGACAACGAGGAGGACGAUGAGGAGGAGGAUGGGGAUGAGGAGGAAGGAAGCGAGGAGGAGGAGGGAGGGGAGGAGGAGGGAGGGGAGGAGGAAGAUGGGGAGGACGAGGAGGAAGGCGAGAGCGAGGAUGGGGACGAGGAAGACGAGGAGGAGGAAGAUGAUGAUGACAAUGAGGAUGAGGAUGAGGUAACCUCCCCGAAUUGA